GCGAUUCAGAACGAGGCUGUGCAUCCAAGUGAACUACUGUGUUUUGAAGAAAAUUGACUUAGCCAAAUACCCUUCGAUUCUUUUUUCAAGAUGGGAUUUGAGAAUGGAAUGGAAAGAAUGAGAGGAAGAAAGAAGAAGAGGGGGAAAAAACUGAUGAAGACAAAAUCUCAAGCACCUUUCGGUCCAUGCAAAUUCGUUUGUGAUUUACUAAUGGUGAACCCAGUAAAAUGUGCAACGAAGAAUGGACAAACUAAUCAACAGAAACCCUUGGUUACUGAAACAUACUUGAGGGGAAAGGACUCAAAGGCCAGUAGGCCUUCCGAAUCCCAGUUAGGGAAUCCAUCCGCAGAUAAAAGUGCCUCAAUUUUAAAAAUCUCGGUCGACCUUUGGCCUGUCUUAGCCACGGCUAUAGAGCCCCUUAAAGUGGAUCAAACUGAAAUCAGUUAUGAUGACCUGAAAAAUGGAGAUGUUGGACUCGGACAAAUGUCGACGGACAAACAACGGACAGUCAGAUCAAUUCCAGUUGCAAAAUUACACCCAUUGGAAUGUAAAUCCAUCAAGAGUGAUGGGCAUAUCUUGCUACCUCCACUGAAUUCCUCUAUUAUUCAGCCAUUUAAUUCUGAUAAAUACUUUAAACAAUAUAGUUCUCUGUCACCCAUUGCCGUCUCAGAGAAGUGCCCUGUGGAUUUUGCUCAUGCUGAAUCAAAACUGGAAGAGGAUCAUGAAGAGCCAGAGCCAAGAUUUCUGAAGACCGAUUCAGUCAGGAAUAUCCUGACCCUAAAUAUGGCAUCGCAGUUGCAGCUUCCUGACAUUUCUGUUCCAAACAUCCAAAUGCUCCUUGAGAGGGUGGAUAGGCAACUGGACAGGGGCAAAGUAAAACUUCCUGAGAUCAAGCUACCCCAAGCUCAAGGGGAAAAGGCUGAGAUGUCAGCCAGGAAAUCUUGCAGUCCUCCUCUCCAUGGGAAGAAUAUGAAUCAGCCCAUUAUCCUCCGUUUUCAUAAGAAAACACAUAAUUUCCCCUGGUUUGUGAACACAUCAAAUCUACAAGGAACCUAUAAAUACACACACCAGCAGCACAAAAACACAUGAAAAAGUAGCACAAGGAAAUGUUUAAAUAUUAAAUAUUUAUUUGUAAAUAUCAUUUUCAUAUAGACAUACUGAUACUGAUAAAUUACUACAUCCACAUUCAAGUAUAGUAUAUUACUAUUUUAACACAUUGUCAUUAUUCAGUACAUUCUAUUUUAUGUCUUCACAUGCUAAUGCAGCUUGACAUGGUAACAGUUUUAUUUAUUUUUCAAAAAAGAGGUGCAGCAUUAUGCAGUGCAUAGGCUUGACCGUUCAUCUGACACCCAUGAAACCAAGAAAAAGCCUUUUCAAAAUAGGUAAAAAAUUAAACAUAUAAAAAAACUGACCUAAUGAAGGCAGUGUCUUGAUGGAGUAGUCUAGUGGAAGAAGUUAUUUACCCAGAUUUUCCCCUUGUAUAUCAUUCAUCAAGACAAUGUAUGAUGUCCAAAUCUUGCCACUUACCAGUUCUGCAUUGAGCUAUAAAGCUGACCGAAACAACUGAUCAUUGACACAAGCUAACAACCACCAUGUAAACUGCUGAACUCAUAUUACCAUUGCCUAGAACUUAUAGUGAGUUAUGAAGUAGUCCAGUAGACUAGAUUUUGUGAUAUCUUACAAUGUGGGAUACUGUGAUUUGUAAAACAAAUGAAAUAAAUGUAGUUAACUUUCA